AUGGUUGCCGGGUUUCAUCCUUUUUGUUUUCCUCAUCCUCACUCUUCUUUUUCUCUCAAGUUCAAAAAGUCCCUGAGCAUGAUAUUUCAGGCCUCAAGGUUCAGCGCCUCGGGACGCAAAGUGCCCCUCCUCGAGCCCCGCCGAAGCGAAGCAUGCCGCUUACACACAAACCCCACAGACGCCGCAGUGGAGUGGUCCAGCAACACAACGGCAUCCUUCCCACUCACAGUGCACACAUACACAAUGACAGUCCCACAUGCUCAUGUCAGAGAGGCAUUACGGCAUUCCCUAAAAUAUACACCAAGCCACACCACCUACAAAGAGGAAAAGAAACCACAAGAAAUGAACAACAACAACAACAGGAUACCAACAGCACACAAAGCACUUACAGUACAAUAA